AAUCAGGAGGCGGAGCUUUUUGUCAGUUUAAAUUUUUGAUUGGACACGAGCAGUAUGGUGUUAAGACAGAGAAGAAAACCAUUUCAACAGGUUGUAACAGAACUGGACGCAUUCCCCAAAGUAGAGGAAACUUAUGUAGAACAAACUGCUACAGGAGCCUCAGUUUCCAUUAUAACCUUUAUCCUGGUCGUCUUGCUGCUACAUUCCGAACUAACCUACUACUACUGGCCGGGAUAUAAGUUUAGGUUUUCCUCCGACGCCGACAUGAAUUCCAAACUGAAGCUGAAUGUAGAUCUCACCGUAGCUAUGCCUUGUGAUUUGAUAGGAGCUGAUAUCCUGGACAAGACGAAUCAGAACGCGUUCAGCUUCGGUAGAUUACGAGAAGAUCCAACCUGGUUCAAGCUGGAGGAACAUCAGCUCAUUCAUUUCAGAGAGAUGGAACGACUAAACGCUUAUCUGAGUGAAGAAUAUCAUCAGCUUCAAGAUGUUCUUUGGAAAUCUGGGUACUCGAGACUCUACGGAGAUAUGCCGGCUAGACGAUUAGUACCUGAUGAACCACAUGAUGCUUGCCGCGUACAUGGUUCUCUUACUCUCAACAAGGUUGCAGGAAACUUCCAUGUAACAGCAGGAAAGGUUCUACCCAUUGCUGGAGCACAUGCACAUCUGACAAGCUUUAUGGAGGAACAUGAGUAUAAUUUUACACACAGGAUUGAAAAAUUGAGUUUUGGAGACUCCGUUGCGGGGAUAAUUCAACCUCUGGAGGGAACAGAGAUGACGACGGAUAUAAAUCUGAUAAACUACCAGUACUACAUUGAGAUCGUACCUACUGUUGUGGAUACAUAUCUUGGUAGGACAGUCACCUACCAGUACAGUGUCAAGGAGCUAGCUCGUCCUAUCUCGCAUGGUCAGGGUUCCCAUGGUACUCCUGGUAUAUACUUCAAGUAUGAUAUAUCUGCGCUCAAAGUAGAAGUCACAAAAGACAGGGAACCUUUUUGGCAGUUUCUAGUUAAAGUAUGUGCCGGAGUUGGAGGCAUUUGUGCAACCUCUGGACUUCUAGCCAUCCUCGUCAAGUGGGUAGUCAACACCAUAUGCUGUAGUCUAGGUCAAGAGCAAACAAAGAAACCAGUUUCAGCGUCAGCUGUACCAGCCAGCUGAUAAUCUGGGUUCACUAAAAGUUAAAACCAGUUUUUGACUCAGCUACAACAACAAGUGAAAGAUAAUCCGGGAAUCUAGCUAGUUACAACUGGGGGUCAUUCCUAGUUGAAACUGGUUCUUGCGUCAGCUGCAGCAACUAGCUGAAGUCGCGUGUUCCUCCAGUUAAAACCGGUUAUUUUAUUACUAGCAGAAAACUUGCCUUAGUUGCAACUAUUUAACACACGCUGGUUACAGCAUUAGUGGCAACCAUUUUCCGUUAACUGAUUACUGCAUUAGAAGCAUUAUUUGAAUGAUUAGUGUGAAUUGUGAAGUGUGAAUGUGUUAUUUGUAUUUUCCAGCACGUAUUGUUUUGAUUUGUGGGUUUAAUAACUAUCUGUUAACACAUUUGGUUUUUUCAUCAAAAUGUUUUAUGAUUUAAAAAUUAAAUUUGAGCCUCUCUGACGAAAACGGGCACGUGGUUUUGUGCACUGUUGCAUUUAUCUGCGUUUUAAUUUGACACUUGUGAUUUAUCCUUUUCCUUCGUUUUUUUACAAUGAAUAAAAUGUAUCUUAAAAAAUAA